AGAUGGUGAAGAGAUAUUGAUAGUGUAGUCAAACGAGAGACUUCUCUUCUCUCUUCUCUUCUCGCUUUCUCCUUUUCCUUUGUUGCAUUCAUAAAGUAAGGCUACGCAUAAAGCCACCCCACAAACCAACCAAAACAUUCUUUCUUGCACUAAGGAGCAGUUUCAGACAAACAAGGUGUUUGUUCUCUCUCUUUUGGGGUUUCUGAGGACAUUGGAGUUGUGAGAGAGUGAUGGAGGGGAUGGGUCCAAAUUCAUGUGCAAGGCCAGUUUUAGAGAAGAAAGCAAGACCACAAGAGCAACUGAAUUGUCCAAGGUGCAAUUCGACGAACACAAAGUUCUGUUAUUACAACAACUACAGCCUCACACAACCAAGAUACUUCUGUAAGACUUGUAGAAGGUAUUGGACAGAAGGAGGGUCUCUGAGAAACGUUCCGGUUGGAGGUGGUUCAAGGAAGAACAAGAAGGUUUCUUCAGCAGCAGCAGGAGCAGGAGCAGGAGGAAUCACAGCUUCAUCAUCCUCAUCAUCAUCAUCAAAGCUUCCUGACCUAAAUCCCCCAAACCUCUCUUCACAAAACCCUAAAAUGUUACAUGGUGGCCAGGAUCUCAACCUGGCUUUCCCAGCUAUGGACAACUAUCAUCAUCCUCAUCAUCAUGGCAUCUCCCCUUAUGUUGAGAUGCAAAACAGUGACACCACUCAUCAUCAUCAUCACCAAAACUCUCCUUCUUGUUCUGCUGCUCCAGCCUCUCUUUCAGCUCUUGAGCUUCUGAGGUCCAGCAUGGCAUCAAGGGGCUUGAACCCUUAUGCUCCUUCUUCCUUGAUGCCAAACUCAGGAAACAACAAUGCCCUUUACCCAUCAGGGUUUCCCAUGCAAGAAGUGAAACCAAGCCUCAGCUUUUCCUCAGUUGAUGGGAUGGGAAAUAGAUCAUAUGAUCAUCAUCAGGUCCAAGAGAGGGGUGGCAGAGUUUUGUUCCCUUUUGGAGAUGUCAAUAAGCAGCUUUCUGCUGCAGCAGGAUCAGCUGAAGUGGAACACAGUAAAGAACAACAACAACAACAACCGCAACAGGGAAACUCAUCUGGAUAUUGGACUGGAAUGAUUGGUGAAGGGACAUGGUAAGAAAGAAAAAUGGGAGGACAAAGGAAAAAAAAUAAUCAAGAGAACAUGCAUUAAUAAAUAACAUAUUUUCUUUGUUUUGAUCUUUGAUCUUCCCUAUUUUUCUCUUUCCACAAUAUGGAUAUCGUUGGCCUGAAGUUGUUCAGAACUAACAAUAGGACACACAAGGUUAAUUAUUAUUAUUAUUAUUACUACACACUUCCUUUGUUUAUCUGAGAGAACGUGAGGGUUUUACUUCUGAUCUCGGUUGCUUUUAAAUUACAUAUUAUAUAUAUAGAGAGAGACAUAGAAGAAGAAGAAGUGAAUACUGGGCCUGUUUUUCUCCAUGGCACAUGCAAUUCCUGUAUUCAUUGAACUAUCAUGUGGGAAUGAAGCAUAUGGAUUUGGUUUUA